AUGGCGUUCGUAGCAGAGGAGAGGAAACGUUACACGGUCUACCCGCCCCCCAACCAAGUCUUCACCUGGACGCAGAUGUGCGACAUCAGAGAUGUAAAGGUUGUCAUUUUGGGACAAGAUCCAUAUCAUGGACCUAAUCAAGCUCAUGGGCUCUGUUUCAGUGUCCAGAAGCCUGUUCCACCUCCCCCCAGUUUAGAAAAUAUCUACAAAGAACUGUCUACGGAUAUUGAGGACUUCACUCAUCCUGGUCAUGGUGACCUAACUGGCUGGGCCAAGCAAGGAGUGCUGCUACUCAACGCUGUUCUAACGGUGCGAGCUCACCAGGCCACCUCCCACAAGGAGAGAGGCUGGGAGCAGUUCACAGAUGUGGUGGUGUCCUGGCUCAACAAGAACUUGCACGGGGUUGUCUUCAUGCUGUGGGGAGCCUACGCCCAGAAGAAAGGCAGCUCCAUUGACAGGAAACGCCACCACGUCCUGCAGACGGUUCAUCCCUCGCCUCUCUCUGUCAACAGAGGGUUUUUUGGCUGUCGGCAUUUCUCGAAGACAAAUGAAUUGCUCAAGAAAUCCGGCAAGAAGCCCAUUGACUGGAGAGCGCUCUGAGCUGCACGCAGAAGCUGGUGGGGUCUAAUGGUUGGAAACAGCCCCUGUUUCAGGGGUUGUCUCAUUUCUGAAAAACUUCUGCUGACCUGAGAAUUACUCUUUGGAUGUUGAUCAAGGAACAAAUGACCAAGCUUUCAGAAGUGUUGUAUUUUUUUAAAUGUUUCUUGAAGAGCAGAUUGGAGUGCUACAUGGACAACUUCUCUGUUUGAACAGGUCUCAGCCUAGUUUGAAUCAGCAAAGGAAAAAAGACGAGUUCUGUAUUAAUUUGUGUUCACUGUUGUAAUGGGAAUAUAUUUUCAGGCUCUUGUGAAGUGAUACCAAUUCUUACAGGUGAAGCUGUUCAACUUUUGUAAAUACCCUGCUGCACCUCCUCCUGCUUCUUUGCCUCCUACUAUGCAAAUCCAGAUUUCGUAUUUGGAGUGUGUGGAGAUGGCUCCACAGGAGAAAAGGCUUUUGGUUUUAGCUUUUUGCUACAGAUUAUGAGAUUUAUUAGAAAUAUGUCCUCUUGGCACUGUAAAGACUGUACACAGUCAGAAGUCUUACUUGGUGUAUCUCUACUCUCAAGAUUUCAGGGUUAAUCAUCCCCCCCAGCUGAGGGGAGACUGUGACAGAGGCUCUGGUUGUGCUCUGAGGUUUUUGUUGGCAUUUAGAGAGGAAAACCGUAAUUUUUUUAGAUUCUUACUGGAUGUGUUAAUCACUUGGAUGACAGGUGAGUUGUGAUGACCACAAACUUUGUGGUACCUGCCAAUGGCAGCAGCAAAGGUUUGUUCAUCAAGAUCUGCCAACUGAUGGGUCGAUGGAUGCAGAUUAUUAAAGAUCUCUUAAGAUCUUAAAACAGAAGGAUUUUUGUGCUUUGCCUUCAUAGGAGCAAAUCGAGGUUUCUAGCCACUGUUGAAAAUAACUGUUGGGACUUCCAGGAUGGAGACAAGAUUGGGCUUUGCACUUCUGGGUUUCCACGCCAUCUUUGACUUCAUAAUUGCUUUAAUGGAAGUGAAGUGCCUUCUUCGUUGGGAAAUUACAUCAGUUUUUAUAGAAUAACGCUGUAAACCUUUCUUUGGUAUUUGCUCUGAUAGGUAACACUAGUACAAGUGAAGUUUACACUUUCUGUGGCUGUGUUGUAUUUUUUUGUUUGGGUUGUUCCCCUCCCCCUGGC